AUGGAAAAAUAUAACCUCACUGUGGUGAGAGAGUUCAUUCUGAAAGGCAUCACCACACGUCCUGAGCUGCAGGCUCCACUAUUCGGGCUGUUCCUUGUCAUCUACUUAAGCUCAACAAUGGGCAACUUGGGCUUGAUCAUCCUUACCAUGGUGGACUCCAGACUACAAAUACCAAUGUACUUUUUUCUCAGACAACUGGCUAUUAUAGAUCUUGGUUAUUCUACAGCUGUGGGCCCCAAAGUGUUGGUAAAUUUUGUUGUUGACCAAAAUACAAUUUCCUUUACUUUUUGUGCCACACAACUAGUUUUCAUUCUUAUGUUCAUUGCUUGUGAACUUACGAUUCUGUCUGUAAUGUCCUAUGACCGCUAUAUAGCAAUCUGCAAUCCACUGCUCUACACUGUCAUCAUUUCCCAAAGGGUAUGUCAGGUCACGGUAACAAUCACCUAUCUCUACUGCACAUUCAUGUCUUUUCUAACCACCAUAAAGAUUUUUACUUCAUCUUUCUGUGGUUACAAUGUCAUUGAUCAUUUCUACUGUGACACCAUCCCCUUGUUACCUUUGCUCUACUCAGAUACACAUGAUAUUGAAAUGAUAAUUCUGAUCUUAGCAGGUGGUAACUUGAUUAUAUCAUUUCUGGUUGUCCUUUUGUCCUAUUUGCUAAUCCUUAUAGCAAUUCUCAGGAUAAAUGCUGCAGAGGGAAGACGCAAAGCUUUCUUCACCUGUGGGUCACACUUGACAGUGGUCAUAGUCUUCUAUGGGACUUUGAUAUUUAUGUAUGUGCAGCCCACGUCCAGUCACUCCUCUGACACUGAGAACAUAGCUUCCAUAUUUUACACCAUGGUUAUUCCCAUGUUGAAUCCAUUGAUUUAUAGCUUGAGGAACAAAGAUGUAAAAUAUGCUCUACAAAGGAAAUGGGAAAAGAAGUUCAAUGUGUUUUCUUAA